UGCUGUUUGGUGUAUUAGUCUCAGCUUUUGAGCUGCGGGAGAGGUGUGCGUGCAGAUGGUCGGCAUGUCACAGGCUGUUGGCGCUGUGGACGAGGGAGAGGAGCAGGCGGAGGAGGAUUGUCCUGAAUUGGUCCCCAUUGAAACGAAGCAGAGAGAGGAGGAGGAAAAGUCUGGCCCCGGCGUUAAGAUCCCAGUCACAAUUAUCACCGGGUAUUUAGGUGCUGGAAAGACAACACUUCUGAACUAUAUUUUGACAGAGCAACAUAGUAAAAGAGUAGCGGUUAUUUUAAACGAAUUUGGGGAAGGAAGUGCAGUGGAGAAAUCCUUAGCUGUGAGCCAGGGUGGAGAGCUCUACGAAGAAUGGCUGGAACUCAGAAACGGCUGCCUCUGCUGUUCAGUAAAGGAUAAUGGCCUUAGAGCUAUUGAGAAUUUGAUGCAGAAGAAGGGAAAAUUUGACUACAUAUUGUUAGAGACCACAGGGUUAGCCGAUCCUGGUGCUGUAGCUUCUAUGUUUUGGAUUGAUGCUGAAUUAGGGAGUGAUAUUUAUCUUGAUGGUAUCAUAACUAUCGUAGAUUCAAAAUAUGGAUUAAAACAUUUAACAGAAGAAAAACCUGAUGGCCUUAUCAAUGAAGCUUCUAGGCAAGUUGCUUUGGCAGAUAUCAUCAUCAUCAAUAAAACAGACUUGGUUUCAGAAGAGGAUUUAAACAAAUUAAGAACAACAAUUAGAUCAGUAAAUGGACUGGGAAAAAUUUUAGAAACACAAAGAUCAAGAGUUGAUCUCUCUAACGUGUUAGAUCUUCAUGCCUUUGACAGUCUCUCUGGAAUAAGUUUGCAGGAAAAACUUCAACAUUUGCCAACAAUACACCCUCAUCUUGAUCAGAGUAUUAUUACAGUCACAUUUGAAGUACCAGGAAAUGCAAAGGAAGAAAAUCUAAAUGUAUUUAUUCAGAAUCUUCUGUGGGAAAAGGAUGUGAGGAACAAGGAUGGUGACUGCAUGGAGGUCAUACGACUAAAGGGGCUGGUGUCGAUCAAAGACAAACCACAGCAGAUGAUUGUCCAAGGCGUCUAUGAGCUGUACGAUGUGGAGGAGACCCCAGUGAGCUGGAAAGAUGACGCUGAGAGAACAAAUCGAUUGGUUCUUAUCGGCAGAAAUUUGGAUAAGGAUAUCCUUAAGCAACUAUUUAUAGCUACUGUGACAGAGACAGAAAAGCAGAGAACAACAUACUUUAAAGAAGAUCAAGUUUGUCCAUAAUAUUGGAAGCAUUUCUUGUCAAAAGGAUCAGAUGAUGAUAUUAGAACUACGUUUCCUCCUGGGUGUAUUUCAAGCAUCUGUUCUUUACAUUAAUUCUGCUGUGAAUUCCAAUGUAUGUUAAAAUUAUAUUUUAUAUAAUAUAUAAGAUAUAGUAAAUCAGUACUGUAAAAUAUUUGCUAUUUAUAUAAUAAAAUAUAAUAUCCUGUUUUUAAUAGACAUUUCACAAAAAUGUCUUUCAGAUUUGUCUUUCAAGUUUACAUAUGCUGAGCUUCUCAUCCAUGGAAGUUACUAUUUUUAAAAUAAUGAUGGUAAAACUUAUUCAGCAUUGUCAUUUUCCUUUAGAACUUCAGCUUCUUGCAUAGAUAUAAUUUUAUUAACAAAAACAUUUUGAAAGCAAAUAAUAUCACCAUUUUUAUUAAAUGAAAUAAAAGGUUUGUUCUGGCUAGACACUCAUAGGUGGAAGAAAUCUGAAUCAAAUAAACUAAUUGGAACUAUUUUUUAUUUUUAGUCAAUUCUAAGCUUUACUGACAGUCAAUGAAACUUCAGCCAUUCACUUUGAAAUUUAUUUAGAAGAUUCUAAUUGUAGAACAUUUAAUUUUAAGUAGAUUUUACUACUGGUAUUAAAUUCAUUUUGUUUUUUUUUUAACUUUUCAAAUUUUUAGCAUACACUAAAAAGUGAUGAGGUACAAACCUUCAGAUAUGACUUCAGAUAAUUUGAUAAUUUAACAAUCUUUACUUUUCGCCUAUUCCUCUAAGAGCAGGUCAGCAUUAACAAUACUCAGAUUGUAGGAUAAUAGCAUUAGAUGGAAUUUAGAGAAGACCUUUCCCAAACUAAUAGUUGUUAAAUAGAGAAAACUAUCAAAAUGGCAUUUCGAUUUUUUUUUAGAAUUUUAAAUAAAGAAUUACAUUUAUGUAUCUCAAAUGGCUCCAUUGUGUUUGGAGGCAUGUUGACUGAUUAAAUUAUCUAUGCCCCUUCCCCUGCAUUCUGUAUCUAUUAUAUAUAACUUCUCUAUAUGCAUUCGUCUCCUAAAUCCAUUAUUUAAUGAGUGGUAGAAAAAAUACCCAUAUUUUGUGGCAGCAUAUUGUGCAAUAGAAAGUUACUUGAUGAGAUUUCUAUAUUGAGUCAGACCUGGGCUUUAAUUCCAGCUCAGCUACUUCUUGGCUGUGUAAUCUUGAACAAAGUAUUUUUCUCUGAGAUUAGUUUCCUUGUUUAUAAAGGGGACAGUGAUAAUACCAAUCACUUAAGGUUCUUGUGAGGAUUAAAUAGGUUUAUAAUGCCCCUAGCUCAGCUCCUGAAACACAGCAGAGGCUAGGUAAAUGUGUCUUCUUCCUAACAGUUUAAAUCCAUUCUAUAAUUUAUGUAGUCAUAAUAAUACUUCAUAAUGUUCUUUGACAAAUAAUUCAUAUGGAUUCAUAUCUUCUAGACCAGAAAGGGCUUAUCAUUGUUCUGUUGUGGGAGAAAUACUUGAAGUAAUUUUAAUCUAUACUUUUAAAAAUCUGUAUUUAUAAAACUCAUAAAUGUUUUUUUCCUUUAAAAUGUGUUAAUCUGUAAAUAUUUUUCAUUACAUAUGUAUUGCAUGAAUUCAUUUGUGUUGUAAGAAUCCAGACACCACAGAUGAAGUCGGUCUCUCCUGACCUUUCUCCUUCAUCACUGUCACUUCUUAGGGGUAAGCAGUGUUGUCAGCAUAACGUCUGUUCUUUCAGAUGUCUCUUCACUCACACACAUGAUGGUUUAUGUUGUUUCCCAAAGCGAAUUAUUCUCCAUUGAUUAAAGCUUUAAGCUACUUCUUCAGGGAACUUACAGAUUUGCCAUAAAAUAUACUCAAGGAUAGGUUUUAUUUUUGUAAUAUGAAAUAUUUUAAAUAAAACUUAUAUGGUAAUGCAGUUUGCUUUUUUUAAAACUCAACAAUUAGUCUUAGAGUUUUCCAUGACAGUGU